AUGAUGGCUCCUAACAAAGAGGCAACGAUGUUGAAGAUGAGGGCCACGAGGUCACCAAGCGACCAAGGCAUGUCCGAUCCCAUCGACGCCGCCGAAGGCGCUAAGCUCGAGCGAAACAUCUCCAUACGGCAUAUGGUAUUCAUGGCUUUGGGUGGCUCCAUUGGUGCCGGCCUCUUCGUCGGUUCUGGUGCUGCUCUCGGCUCUGGCGGACCCCUAUCUCUCGUCCUCAACUUCGCUCUCGUCGGCUUCGGCGUAACAUGUACCAUGGGCUGCCUGGGUGAACUGGCCGCCGCGUAUCCUGUAGCAGGCGCCUUUUACGAGUAUUCGAGACGCAUGAUAUCAGAACCCUGGGGAUUCGCAAUGGGCUGGAACUUCGUGUUUAACUGGCUCAUUGUCUUUCCUUUCGAGCUCACGGUGAUCGCAGCUCAAAUCAAGUACUGGGCCCCAGACUUACAGCCGGCCUUUGUGAUAACGCCAAUACUGAUCGUUCUGACCGCGACCUCGUUCCUCGGCUCCAAGUGGUUCGGCGAAAUUGAACAUGCCCUCGGCAUCGGCAAGGCCCUCGCUAUCACCGUCUUCAUCUUUGUUGCGAUCUUCAUUAUCACUGGCGCCGUUCCAUCAGAUCCACGACACGGAACAGGAGCUAAGUUCUGGCAUGACCCCGGUGCGGUGAAGAAUGGCAUAUCGGGCUUUUUUCUCGUAUUCCGAACCGCCGGCAUGUCCUACGGUGGCACGGAGCUCCUGGGCCUGACGGCGGCUGAGUGCAAGAAUCCCCAGAAAGCCCUACCUUUGGCGACCAAGAUCGUAUUUGGCCGCAUCUUCUUCUUCUAUAUCAUAUCGCUCCUCUUGCUCGGUUUCGUCGUCCCGUCCGAUGACCCUGGCUUGGCCUCAACCGGCCACGGUGCCAAGUAUAGCCCCUUCACACUCGCAGCACAACUCGCCAACAUCCAGCAUCUCCCGAGCUUCUUCAACGCCCUUAUCGUUUUGGCAAUCAUUUCAAUGGCCAACACCAGCAUCUUCGCUGCCAGCCGAGCCUUCCAAGCUAUCUGCGAAAGGGGCAUGGGCCCUCGGUGGGGAGCCACCGUGAAAUGGGGCGUGCCUGUAUAUGCCUUCGCCAUCACGUCCGUUUUUGGCCUCCUUGCCUUUAUCAACCUGGCGCCCGGCGGCGGCGCCAUCUUUGACUGGCUAUUGAGCCUUUCGGGAGCUAGCAACUACUACACGUGGGCGUCCAUCUGCGUCAGUCAUAUUCGUUUCCGCAAGGCAUGGGCUGCGCAGGGAAAUGAUACCAGUCAGCUUCUCUGGAGGAGCCCCUUUGGCGUCUGGGGAGGCUGGGUUGGACUCGCCAUUUGCUUUAUAGGGCUCGCUGCAAAUGUCCUGACGGCAAUUUGGCCCAUCGGUGGUCAUGAUGCGCAGGCCGUCAUCCGCGACAACAUUGGAACGAUUAUCCCGAUUGUGUUGUAUAUCGGCUAUCGGGUUUGGCAGUCGAUAAUCAUGAAGGUGAAGCAGCCUAUGCUCGUCCCAUUGGAUGACAUGGAUGUGCAGACGGGUAUCCGUCUGCUUGAGGAUGUUCCCAUCUCGGACGACGGGGGAGUCACUUUAGUCCGUGGUGAAAAGUGA